AUGGAUUCCACAACCUUCGGCGGCUCAAAUUAUGGUAUUCAAGUAGGAACAAAUUCUGGCACGAUAAACCAGCUCAGCAACCAUACAGACCCUUUGGACAAACUUCCAGCUGCGCUUGGGGCUGAGUUGAAUUCGUAUGAGAACCAGCAUGAAGACGAGUGUCUUUCGGGUACUCGAAUCGAUCUUCUCCACAAUAUCGCAGAGUGGGCCGCAUCAACGCACGGAAAAUGUAUAUUUUGGUUGAAUGGCAUGGCUGGAACAGGGAAGUCAACUAUUUCCCGAACAGUCGCAAGAUCCUUGAAAAAGGACAAACUGGUGGUAAGCUUCUUUUUUAAGAGAGGCGAGGGCGAUCGAGGCAAUGCCACCAAAUUCUUCCCAACGAUUGCCAGACAACUAGCAUUUUGCAUUCCUGAUCUAGCCGCAAAACUCAGGGAAGCACUCUCCAUUGAUCCUGAUAUCCCAACAAGAUCACUUCGAGAACAAUUGAACAACCUAAUUCUACGACCGUUGCAAAGCUUAGAGCAAACAAGCCCCCAGAUCAUCGUCUUGGUGAUAGACGCUUUGGAUGAAUGUGAUAACGAUAAUGAUAUCCGUUAUAUACUUCAACUUCUACCUCGAGUGCAGGAGCUGAGGACCAUUCGAUUUCGAGUUUUCUUGACCAGCCGACCGGAAUUGGCAAUCCGCUUCGGAUUUGCAAACAUGGAAAAUCAUGAGCAUCAAGACCUUGCCCUCCAUGAGAUCCCCGACGAAGUUACCGCAAAAGACAUAUCGUUGUUUCUUGAAGACCGGUUCAAGAGGAUUCAUGAUGUGAAGAAUGUUCCUGUGAACUGGCCGGGAGCGGAUGUAAUUCAAACUCUUGUCAAAAUAUCCACUCCAUUAUUCAUUUCAGCAGCAACUGUUUGCCGAUUUAUCGAGGUGAAACUCGACCCUGUGAAAUGUCUUGCCGAUCUCAUCAAUGAUCAAGCUAAUUAUGCCACACGAAUGGAGAAGACAUAUCUACCAGUUCUAAUGCGACUAUUACGAGAUCAAGAAGAUGAAGAAGAGCUUCUCCAGCUGUUUCAUCAGGUGAUUGGUCUUAUAAUUGUUCUUGCUAUUCCACUUUCUGCGAAUGCGCUCGCAAGACUUCUGAAGCUUGACGCAGCAGUUGUUAUGAAUUUAUUGGAUCAGUUCCAAUCUGUCCUCAGCCUACCAAGCGACCAGAAUAUUCCUGUUCGGAUUUUUCAUUUAUCAUUCAGGGAUUUUCUCCUUCAAACUGGGAGCAGAUUCUCUGUGGACGAGAAACAUAUACACAAAGAGACCACAAUACAUUGUCUUACUACUAUGUGGACUCAGCUUAAGAAUAACAUCUGCAACCUUGAAAGCUACGCAACAAACAGAACCGAAAUCGACUCCGCAUUGAUCAGUCAGUGUCUGCAGCCAGAGCUAUAUUACUCUUGUCGUUACUGGGUUUAUCAUCUGGAACAGUGUACAGAUCAAACCCAGAUAGUGAGCCUGGCGUUUAUGUUCCUCGAAGAGCAUUUCCUUCACUGGGUAGAAGCCAUGAGCUUACUAGGUGUUAUAUCAGAAGUGAUCAGGAUGAUCGAUGUCCUUCAAAAUAUGGCACAAGAUAGCUACGAUUCACCAAGAAUUGCUUUCCUACAUGACGCAAAACGAUUUGUCCUGAAAAAUCAGCAGGUUAUCAACGAAGUACCUCUUCAGCUCUAUUGCGCAGGACUCGUGUUCACACCUAUGGCAUCAAUCAUCCGUCAAAAAUUCCAAACAGAGCUUCCUGCUUGGAUAUGCCUGUUACCACAAGUUGAGAAAGAAUGGAGCGCAGAGUUACAAACGCUCGAGGGCCAUUCGGGUUGCAUUAAAUCAGUAGCCUUCUCGCCCGACGGCCGGCUGCUGGCGUCGGCCUCUGAAGACUGCACCGUGCGGCUCUGGGAUACGGCCACGGGCGCGCUGCAGCAGACACUCAAGGGUCAUGAGAGUGGGGUCAGCUCAGUAGCCUUCUCGCCCGACGGCUGGCUGCUGGCGUCGGCUUCUCACGACUGCACCGUGCGGCUCUGGGAUCCAACCACAGGUGCGCUGCAGAAAACACUCAAGGGUCAUGAAAAUGGGGUUAGCUCGGUAGCCUUCUCGCCCGACGGCUGGCUGUUGGCGUCGGCCUCUUACGACUGGACUGUGUGGCUCUGGGAUCUAGCCACUGGCACACUGCAGCGGAUACUCGACGGCCAUUCGUGGCCGGUAUCCUCAGUGGCGUUCUCGCCCAACGGCGGGCUGCUGGCGUCGGCUUCUUACGACUGCACUAUACGGCUCUGGGAUCUAACCACGGGUGCGUUGCAGCAGACGCUCAACAGCCAUUCGGGGACGGUAUCCUCAGUGGCGUUCUCGCCCGACGGCUGGCUGCUGGCGUCGGCCUCUCACGACUGCACCGUGCGGCUCUGGGACCCAACCACAGGCGCGCUGCAGCAGACGUUCAACAGCCAUUCGGGGAUUUUAGUGGCAUUCUCGCCCGACGGUUGGCUGCUGGCGUCGGCCUCUCAUAAUGGGACUGUGCAGCUUUGGGACCCAGCCACGGGCACGCUGCAGCAGGCGCUCGACGGCCAUUCAAGUCGGGUUACCUCAGUGGCCUUCUCGCCCGACGGCUGGCUGCUGGCGUCGACCUCUGACGACUGCACCGUGCGGCUCUGGGACCUAACCACAGGCGCGCUGCAGCAGGCGCUCGACGGCCAAUUAAGCACAGGUUGGCUCUCGCGUGCGGUUAAAUCAGUGGUCUUCUCACCCGAUGGCCGGCUGCUGGCGUCGGGCUCUCGGGAUGGGACUGUGCGGCUCUGGGACCCGGCUACAGGUACGCUGCAGCAGACGCUCAAAGGCCAUAAGAAUGGGGGUAAGAAUGGGGUUACCUCACUGGCCUUCUCGUCCGAUGGCCAGCUACUGGCGUCGGCCUCUGACGAUUGCACCAUACGGCUCUGGGACCCGGCCACAGGUACGCUGCAGCAGACGCUCGGCCAUAAGGGAGGGGUUACCUCAGUAGCCUUCUCGCCGGACGGCCGGCUGCUGGCGUCGGCCUCUCGCGACGAUACUGUGCGACUCUGGGACCCGGCUACAGGCGUGCUGCAGCGAACGCUCGAGGGCCAUAUGGACGAAGUUGAGUCAGUGGCUUUCUCGCCUGACAGCCGGCUGCUGGCGUCGGGAUCUCAGGACGAGACUGUGCGGCUCUGGGACCCGGCCACGGGCACGCUGCAGUGGCAUUAUGCUGUUGAUACAAUCGCAACCAAAAUCGAAUUUUCUCAUGAUGGAUCUUACCUGAAGACCAAUUCAGGCAUUUUUCAUGUUCAGUCCAAGCGUAACACUCCCAUGCUUGAUUUACCUCAAGGAAGCCCUCAAGUCUCCAUCCAUCAGAACAACUGGAUAACUCUUCGCAACAAAAACAUUGUAUGGCUUCCACCCGAGUAUCGGCCUACAUGCUUCACGGCCUACGAUAGUGUACUUGCAAUAGGACACAGUUCUGGUCGUGUUUCCUUCAUGGGCUUUCAGUUGAAUAAUGAAUAA